AUGCUACAAGUAACACCAUCAACUGAGGAAACAAGUAUGAGUAUCAUCAGUAGACGUCAAAUAAACAAUGAUCCAGUAUCCAAGAAUGGUCGCUCUGUCAAUAAUAAGAAAUUUUACAAUAUACGGAUGCAUUUCAAAAAGAGAAGAUUUUCAAAAUCACGC